UGGUACUAUAUGCACGUGUACUCAGCAGCUCACCAAAAAUAACCCACCUCUUGCCAGAUUAUUAAACUAUGAUACAACAAACAGCUGAGAUAAUGAAGAGUGGUCUUUCUUGAUUAGAUUUUACCUUUCCAGAUUGCUACUAUGAUGCGCAAAAGCACUAUACUUGAGAAUGGAUGGACACUCAAUCUUUGCUUCUUUUUCUCUUCCUGUUUCUCCUGAUCUCCAACCACAUCAGGAACAGGAGGCCAAUUAAUUUCCCCCCAGGACCCCCAUCCCUGCCACUUCUGGGUAGUGCCUUUGGCCUGGAUCGCAAGCAGCCCCACAUUCACUUAACCCAGAUGUCCAGACGCUAUGGAAAUGUAUUCAGCCUUCGUCUUGGAGGCUUGAACAGUGUGGUAGUGAACAGCUACAGCGUUGUGAAGGAGGCACUCAUAGAUCAAGCUGAUGUUUUUUCAGGCCGUCCACCAAAUCCAGUCUUCCAACGAAUCAGCAAAUGCCAGGGCGUUGCAUUUAAUGACGGCUACAGCUGGAAGCAGCAGAGGCGUUUUAUGCUCAGCAUUCUCAGAAACUUUGGGGUGGGAAAGAGGAGCCUGGAAUCGAAAAUCAAGGAGGAAUUCACCUUCCUACAUCAAUCUAUGAUGGACACCAAUGGGGAACCUUUCGAUGCUUAUCACCUCAUCAACAAUGCUGUCUCAAACAUCAUCUGCUCUCUGGUAUUCGGCAAGAGGUUCAGUUACACAGAUGAGAAGUUUCUACACAUGUUGAAUGUGAUGUCCAAAGGUCUACAGCUACACGGAAAUGUGUGGGCACAGCUUUAUAAUGCUUACCCUGGUGUAAUGAAGUUUCUGCCAGGACCUCACCAGGAACUCUUCUCCUGCUUCAAGCAAGUGUGUGCCUUUCUGAGAGAAGAGAUUGACAAACAUCGCACAGACUGGGAUCCACUUGUUCCUAGAGACUUCAUAGACUGUUAUUUCAAUGAGAUAGAAAAGAGGAAAGAUGACAUAGAGGCAGGGUUUCAUGAAGAAGGUCUGUGUCAUUUUGUUCUGGACCUGUUUGUGGCUGGAACUGAGACCACAUCUACCACCUUACUGUGGUCCUUUAUUUACAUGAUGAAAUACCCUGAGAUCCAAGAGAAGGUUCAAGAAGAGAUAGACAGAGUGAUAGGACACUCCCGCCGCCCAAACAUGUCUGACAGACCCAACUUGCCCUACACGGAUGCUGUCAUCCAUGAGAUUCAGAGGAUGGGUAACAUUGUGCCUUUAGGUGUACUGAGGAAAACCAAUAAAGAUACCACGCUAAAAGGAUAUUUCUUACCAAAAGACACCCAGAUCAUCUUUAACCUGACAUCGGUGCUGUUCGAUGAGACCCAGUGGCAAACGCCUUAUACAUUUAACCCACUGCAUUUUCUAAAUGCACAGGGGGAGUUUAUCAAACCAGAUGCUUUCCUUCCGUUCUCAGCAGGGAAGAGGAUUUGCCCUGGAGAGUCACUUGCCCGAAUGGAACUUUUUCUCUUUUUCACCUCCCUCCUGCAAGUCUUCUCUAUCUGUCCUCCUGCAAACACAAAGGCCAGUCUUGAGUUCAAGUUUGGGAUAACUCUAUGUCCAAAACCAUUUAAAAUCACUGCUGUUCCUCGCAAACACCAUCAGUAGGUCAGAAACCUUCCAACCAGUGAUCAAGACAUUCUUGUCCAUUUCCAAAAUGUAAAAUGCCAAUUAAGCUGUGACAGAGUUUGAACAGUUUUACAAGAGAAAGAUCAUAACAAAUACAAAUUGAGGGAAGUUGACUGAGAGCUAGUGCAGCAGAUUCAGAACAAUAACUGCUUCUGCUACUCUUUACUCCAGGUUAAGAUUUCGUGACCUGCAGUACAUCUGUUUUGUAUUUUGAAAUUUUGAAUAUAUAUUUUAAUUACAAUAAAAAUAAUUUACCCUGAA